UCCUCCAGAAUUUCUUUGGGGGACUCCCCCAUCCUCCCCACCCCAGGAUUUAGAGGACUCUCCCCUCCCCCUUUCCUCCCACGAUUUGAUGGACCCCACUCCUCCCCCCCAGGAUUUGAGGGACUCUUCCCCCAGGAUUUGGGAAGCUCCCCCCACAACCCCCCCCUGUUCCCCCAGGCCUUCCACGGCGAUGCUGUGCCCGUCUUUGAUCUGCUGCUCCUGGGCGUGGGGCCGGACGGCCACACCUGCUCCCUGUUCCCCAACCACCCCCUGCUGCAGGAGAAAGAGAAAAUCGUGGUUGCUAUCACCGAUUCCCCGAAGCCGCCGCCGGAACGCAUCACGUUGACCCUCCCAGUGCUGAAUGCUGCACGCACGGUGGUCUUCGUUGCCACGGGGGAGGGCAAAGCCGCCGUCCUAAAGCGCAUUUUGGAAGGCAGUGAGGAAAACCUCCUCCCCGCCGCCCGCGUCCGGCCGCACACGGGGCAGCUGCUGUGGUUCCUGGAUGAAGCAGCAGCCAAAGAGCUGACGGUGCCCUUUGAGAAGCAUUCCAUCCUGUAGGACCAAACCCUCGGCCGAUUUAUUGGGGAUCGGUCACAGCAGCGCCCGCCCGGAGCCUCCACGUGGUGCUGUGGUUUGAGUCCACGCGGAGCAGCAGCGCGUUGAGGAACGGUGUUGUGUUUUUGUGGAGCACAGAUGAGGUCGUUCCUUUGGUUCGGUGCCGGGCUGCAAAGUGGGAGCAAUGUGAGGUGGUGGUCUCAUGUUUUGUGAACGGUGGCUGUGAUGUUUUGAGGAGUGCACGGUAUUAAACGUACGGAUCUCAGCUCUGA